UCAACCUCUCCUAGACUCCUUCGGCACUCCCCCACCCACCCCCACUUAUUUAAGACUUGAGAUACUUUCAGACACUUUUAGAAACAAAAUGGCUCAGUGCAGAGGUUGGAGCUCGCUUCCAUGGGCGAUAUUAGGAGCCACUGUUCUUGUAGCAUUAGCAGGUCUCACAUCUGAAGUCCAAGGUAAUCUUGUUCUGACUUCACCCAGCGAAAGCUUGGAAAUGUCCUCGGGGGGAGGAGUGGCAGAGACGGUCACACCGGAAGCUUCUGUGGAGGAUACUUCGUUGACUUCAGACGACGGCUAUUUCGCGGAAGAGUCGGAACCAGUGGAGAAAGGAUCGCUGGGCCCAGGAGCAAUCACUGCCAUUGUAAUCGCUGCUGUUCUUGGAGUGUCUGUGCUGUUCAGUCUGAUCAUAAUAACUGUGAGAAAGCUGUCAGCCUCUUAGAUUUAAUAAAUAACUGA